AUGUGCAGCUGCGCCAAGCGGAUGCUCGACGACCAGCUCCUCGGCUUCGCGCUCGUACCGCUUGCCACCAUCGCGGCCGGCAGCGGCGCGCGCCUUGACAGGGACUUCGAGCUCUCGUCCACCGACCUCCUCCACUCGCCCGCGGGGACCAUACGGUUGUCCCUCGCUCUCCACUCUAGGGUCCCCGGCGACGCGUGCCCGCCGCCGGAGCUCGGCGCCGAGUCGUCAAUCGCGUCGGAGGUGGUUAUCCUCGAGCCCGCGCCACCCGUUGACUACUCGCUCCACCCGUGCAGUGAUUUUGUGUUUGAUUCAGAGUUUAAUGCAGCCGUGGCAGAAACAUCCACCUCCGAUGCUGCCUUCAUCAUUGCUGACUUGAGCAAGAAGCUUGCCCAGUCCAGCCGUAUUUUGAUGCAGAAAGCCAAGGCGGAUGCGGACCUUCGGGUCAAGAGCGCCACUGAGAGAUUGAGUCUGGCGGACAAACUGCGGCGAGCUGAGGCGGAGGUUCUCGCUCUGAAGGAUGAAAACAAGCAAAUGAAGGCCAAGUGUUCGAAGCUAGAGGCAACUGCCUCGGACAAUGAAAAGGUUCUAGAGAGCCUUCGGAAGACUGUGGAGAGGGACGUGAACGAGAAGGCUGCCCUUAAGGGAAAGAUCAUCGAAAUGGAGAAGGUUCACGCUAAAGUGGGUGAGCUCGAGCAAGUCUUCGCUGAGGUCGCUUCGCGAACCGAGGUAGUGUACCAAGAGUACAAGAAGGCUAUUGCUGCUCUCGGAGCAGAGCCUCUGCCCUUGCCUGAGCCAGCCGAGGGUUCUCAGGUUAUCCUUCAGCUUCUGAAUUGGUUGCUAUCGGAGUUUGAGGGGCUCGGGGAGGUGAUGAGCGUUGCGAACGAUAAUGCGGCGUCCGUCUCCUUCGAGGGGCUUGUAGGGAACCUUCUCCGCACCGGCGCCGUCGACCUCUCUAAGCUCGAAGGGGGCUUUCAGUAUGCCCCCUACGAGGGUUUGUCCCCUACAAGAUACAGGAUGUCAAGAUUGCAUACUUCGAGCGUUUCUGGGAACCUUCGGGCAAGGUCGCUCUUCGGACCCUCGCGGCUGCUGCGACAGGGGUAA